AUGCGGCCUAAAGAAGACGUGGAGAGGGCUAGGGAGGUCGAUCCCGCAGCCCAUCCGCGUCUCCGUAGAAGUCUACAGCGUUACCGUUCUAACGUGCGACGCGUAAUGUCUUUCUGGGCGCGCAGACGGUUCAGCGGGGGAAAAGGGGUUCAUGCGUCUAUAAGAAGGGAUGUUGACGUAUACUACUACACAAGCAUUGUACCCGACUUUCCUCAGCUCUCAACAAACCUGGUAAAAUAUAUGCCGAUGUGA